UGGUUAGGUUUCACAUGGUUCACAGAUCGCUCUAGCACGUUCCAACAACAACACGUUAUAUAUAAACAAAAAAAAAAAAAAAAGAAUAGUUUUGGUUAUGGCUUCGUAUUCGAAUUUUGAUUUAAAAGAGAAAGUAGACAAACUUAGUUUCAAAGAUCCAACGGCUCUAAAUUCGCUAUGUCAAAGUAUAGCCUCUGAAAUUGAAUCAGGUUCUCUGAAACUGUACACAUUUGUUGAGAUACUGGGCUCUUUUAUGACAGAUCAGAAUGUUCAUACCAGAGAAAAAGGAGUUACAGUUCUUUCUUCUGUUUUGUCACAGCUGCCACAAGAUUAUCUUACAGAACCAGAGUUACACUUUAUUACAACAUUUUAUUGUGACAGAAUGAAAGAUCAUUACAGUGUUAUACCAUCUGUGUUGAAUGGUAUUCUAGCAAUUAUACAAAUGACUCACUUGCCUCAAGAUACACCAUCAUCCUUAUUAAGAAUUAUGUUCGAACACGUUCAGUGCCAGUCUCAGCUAGUGGCGGAGCGUCAUAAUAUAUAUUUAAUAAUCAAACAUCUAAUUGAGAACAGACCGAAUGAUUUGAGAUCCAUGGGGCCAGAUUUAGUUUAUGGUGUUAUCAGCUCUAUUGAUGGCGAAAGAGAUCCGCGUGUUCUCAUGUUGUUGUUCGAUAUGUUACCGCUCUUUAUAAAAGAAUUCCCGUUGGGUCACUUAACUGAAGAAAUGUUUGAAGUUGUGGCAUGCUAUUUUCCAGUUGAUUUCAAUCCUUCUGGCAAAGAAGAUCUGAACGUGACUCGAGACGACUUGGCAAGAAAAUUGUCACCCUGUUUGUACGCUGUUCCAGAGUUCGCGACUUACUGUAUACCUCUUAUACUAGAUAAAUCGUAUUCCACUCUUAAAGUCGCUAAAUUGGAUUCCUUGAAUCUGUUGCGCGACAGUGUAAAAACAUUCGGAAUGGAAAAGUUAGAACCGUAUCUAUCAGAUCUGUGGACGACCUUGAAGAAAGAAGUUGUACCGGGAAGAGACGACGCCGAGAUAAGAGACGCUGCUCUGGAAGCGCUGACGUCCUUGAUUACGGUUAUAUCGGCGCACGAAGAUACGUGCAAAAAUUAUAUUAAAAAAAUAAUCUCCGACUUAAAAAUCUCGUUAAGCGACGUACAGCUUAGCUUGUACAAACCUUCGCAAAAACUGUUGGAAGCAGUGGCGACGAUCAGUAAACCGAUAUGUGUGCAAAUUCUGCAAGCUGUGAUACCUUUGUGUAUCGGACAAUAUUCCACGAAAACUUUGCUGAAUGAUAAAAUUACUUUAGUGGAAACCUUAAAUGACUUUAUGAAAAUUUGUUCGAAUCACAACUUUUGCAUUCGAGAUAUUCCAGAAUUGACGUGGACCAAUAUACCUCAAAUAUAUUUAGACGGCUUAACGGUAGAAAAUAUUGAAUUGAAGAGUAAGAUGUUUCACGGCUUGACAAUUCAAAAGGCGCAUUUAAACGAUGCGCAACGAUCCAUAUUGUACAAUGUGAUAUGCAACGAGAUAGAGACGGGAUGUGACGAGGUGCAGAGUCUGUGUCAUAGGAUUACGAUAGAUUUUGCUGCGUUAUAUCCUCAAGAAAUAUCAUUGUUAGUUAAAGAAAGAUUAUUAUUGUUUACCGAUGAAAUGGAAGUAGACUUAAUAAAACGUAGGAUAAAAGCUUUGUUAACAAUAGCAAAAUUACGCGAAUUAGGCUGUGUGAUUCUACCAAAAGUCGUUGCGAUGUUAACGAAAGACGUCAACACUGACGUGUGCAUCACGAUAUUGCUAAACAUCAAGACACUGAUCGCUUCAAAGACGUCUGAUUUCAACGUGCACGAAUUUCUGUACAAAGAGUGUCACAUUAUCGACAAAUUGUUCUCGUACGAGACGAUCGUUGUCGAUCGCAAAAUGCUGAUAUGCAAUCUCUGUCAGUUGAUAGUGCGAAAUCUAACGAGCGACGAACAACGCGCGAUCGUCGCGCUAUACGCGACAGCUCUGAAUACAAAAAUUCCGGAAACCGACGUGGCUGUAAUAAUGAAUCUUUUGAUUCCGUUGCGAAACGAUAUUCGCUUGGACGUCAACAACAGUACGGUGGAAAAUCUGUACAAUCUAGCGAUUAGCAGCGGCAGUCCGGACAUCAGGCAAACAACCUGUGCGUUCUUGUCGGUUUUGUUGAAUAAAAUGGAGACGGUGGAUCUCGAUCGGAUUGUUCCUUAUUUCAAAGACGAGAUAAGUAACAAUCUUAAAGCUAAUAUCGAUGUUGAACUGAAGCGGCAUACCGUUCAUCUUCAGAUUUGGAUAACCAAAGCGCUCGUCACGAGAGGAUACGCUAGAUCUCAGUAUUUUUUAGAAAACCUUACACAUCUACUGACUCACGACGAAAUAGGCGCGUACGUAGCCGAACAAUAUCAAAUUUUGGUAAGCGAACACGACGAUAUUUUGGUAACGGAAAAUUUCUGCAACGUUAAGAUUUUUUACAAACAAAGAGUGUUCGAAUAUCUAUUAGGACGGAAUGGUAAUUUUACAAAUCCGAACAGACAGAAUUAUCUCAUUGCUUUAGUACAUCUGUUGGAACAAGUACCUGAAGAUUUGUUAUUUUUGCAUUUGACUAAGGUGGUACCGCUGUUGAUAGAGUCUCUGUCGCUUAGCAACGAGCGUUUAGUUUUUUGGGCACUAACGUUACUUAAACUUUUACUCAACACCAAGCACGAAGUGUUCUCCGACAACGUGCAGUGCGUCGUGCCGAGACUUCUGCAGUUACUGACGUAUCGAAUUAUGGAUAUUAGAAUUGCUGCCGUACAGUGUCUCGCGCAUUACGCCAAUUAUCCUACUAUCCUAAUCAAUCCGUACAAGCAAGAUGUACUGGACAAAUUAGGCGCGGCAAUCGACGAUCGCAAGCGUCUAGUUAGGAAGGUUGCGGUGGACGCGCGAACGCGAUGGUUCUUAGUUGGUGCAACUGAAGAGACAAAGAAUUGAGCGUGACGCAUAGAAUUUCAGUUUUAUCGAUCUGACAAGAUAUCCACUUUUUCCCACACAUCCCGAGUUUCCGUCCAGCCCUGGCACCUCUAAUUGAGUUAAGAAUUUAUUUUAUU